AUGGAUUGUGAGAGAGGAGGAAAUUAUAAAAGAAAGAAUACAUUUGAAAGCAGUAAAUCCUCAAAUGGCACUUAUAAUAAAUGUCCUUUUAGGGUGAGAUCUACGUUGAGUGGUAGCGAUUGGAAGGUGAUGGUUUGGUGUGGGUUUCACAAUCAUAAACUAUCUGAGGAUUUAGAUGACCAUGACAUAUUGGAUCGUCUAAAAGUUCAUGAGAGACAGUUUGUGAAUGACAUGACGAAGUACAAUAUGACUCCAUGGUAUACAAUUUCUUCCUUAAAAGACAAAGAUCCAGAAAAUCUCACUAGUGUUAUCCAAGUGUAUAAAGCUAGAGCUACAUACAGUGCGAGAUUUGCCUAUUCGGAGCAUGAAAGGGAAAAGAACUUCAAAUGGACACUGGAGAAACUCAAAGAGUUGUUCUCUUCCGAGAAAUUUCUACCGACUGUUGUAGUAACGAACCGAGAACUUCCGUUGAUGAAUGGUCGAGAAAAAUGGAUGACGAUUCCUGAUAUGGGUUACCCUAUUGCUUGUAGAUGCAAUGUCGUAUUUGUCUCCCUGUCAAAGAGACUUACCAUUAUCUUUUUCCCUCUUACCUUAGCUCCACCUAUGUACACGAGCAGGCAUAAAAUCAUCGAUGUUGGUUUUGCCAACGACGACCGUUGGAUUCAGAACGGAAGAAACUUUGAAGAAGAAGAAGAUGAAAAUUUAGAUGAAAAAAUGGAGCGAACUUAUGAAGAUGUGGAAUCUGUAGACGCAAAUUUCUUUCUUGACGAUUUUGAUGAUGACAAAUUUGAAGAACCAAUCCCUAUAAUUGUUGAGGAAUAA